GGCCGUGCCCAAAUUGUUGUGUCGCUGAUGGUGCUGGUGCUGUGAGAGGCGGGCGCUGAGGCCGGCCGGGGCGGAGCUGGCGGCGGCGGAGAGGAGGCGGCAGGGCCGCAGCAGAGAGCCGGGGCUGAGGGGCCAGCGAUGCUCGGAGGGCAGAGCGGCGGCAUGCGGCGGUGUCGGGGUGCGGGGCUGGCGGCGCUGGCCGCGGUGCUGCUCGUGGCUGUGGCCAGGGCCGAGGUACAGCAGGAGCCGUCGCUGGAGACCCCCGAGGGUAGCGGCAUCAACAUCAACUGCUCACAUCCCAAAAUCAAGAUCAGCGAUUACAUUUACUGGUACCGUCAGCUCCCGGGAGGAGAACCCAAACUCCUCGCAGUCAUUGUGAAAGGGUCCAAAGAGCUGCCGGAGAGAGAAGGUCGUCUGUGGGUGUCGGAGGAUCGGCGUUGGAGCGCGCUGUGGCUGUGGCGGCCCCGGCGCGGGGACGCGGCCGUGUAUUACUGCGCGCUGGGCGCACGGGCAGAGGAGCCGGGGCUGCGGCCGGGCACGAACCGCCGCGGGCGGGGCCGGGCGGGGCCGGGGGCGCAGCGCCGGCCGCGGCCAGCAGGGGGCGCUGCCGCUCCGCCCGCCGGGCCCCGCGCGGCCCCGCAGCUCCUUCCUGUGCCCCGAGCCCGCCCGCACCGAGCCCGCACAGCCCGGCACGCCCGGGGCCCGCACACGCUGCCAGCGCGCCCCUGCCCGCACACACUCGCCGCGCACAGCCCGGCACGGCCUCGCUCCCGAGCCGCCCUCGGCCCGACACCCAACUGCGGAGCCCCGCGCCUCUGCCAGCGCCUCUCGCCCUCCGCCCGCGCCUGCUGCUGCUCGCAGCCGCCUUUGCUAAUUCAUGGGGUGCUGUCACCUCCGUAGGUCAUGGUAUGAGAGGGGUUUGCAGCGAGGCUUUCUGAGGUGACAAAGGAAUCUCCAUCUCUGUCCCUGCAGAAAUGUCUCUGUUCCAUCCUUCAACGUCCAUAAGAAGCAGCAUUCUUACAUGGACGUGUAAGGCAGGUGAAUAACUCAACCCCACCUGACGCUGGAAUUCACCUCUUUACCUUUUUGGUUCUCAU